UUAAUUGUCCCUUUAGAAUGGAGAAUUCCGGUAGCCUCUGGAUCCCCAAGAAAAGCAACAAAGAAUCAUCUUGGGAAGAGCUGGCCUUCGCAGAAGACGAUGCGGCCGGAUCUAUGUGGCCUCCGAGAUCUUACGCGUGUAGCUUUUGCCGGAGAGAGUUUAGAUCGGCUCAAGCCCUUGGUGGCCACAUGAACGUUCAUCGAAGAGACAGAGCUCGGCUUAAGCAAUCCGACGACCAAUACUUAUUCUCCAAGACUUCUUCGUCUCCGGAAGAUCCAUCUCAUAACAAUAGCGAUGAUAUUCAUGAAACCUCUUGCUAUACUUUGGUUUUUAACUCCAACCCUAAUCGUUUUAAGUCUCAACACUCUUGUGUUAUUGAUCUUUCCUCUUCUCCUUCUACUUUACCGAAUUUGAAUCCUUCUAGGGUUUCUUCCGGUGUGCCUAGAAAACAAGAUACUUCUUCCCCCUCUCCUUCUUUUUCUGUAGAACCUUCCAAGAAUUCUGAAAAUAUUCUCUCUUCUUCCCCAUGGUCCUGCCCGGAUACUUUUGUGGAGCAUAAGCGUUGUGAUCUUUAUGAAAUUCCGGUUAUGGAAGGAAGCAAGAAGAGAAAACCCGAGAGAGAUGUACCAAAAAACGGGGUUAAAGCAAAAAUUAAGCUUGGAAGCACCACUGAUCUCUCGGUGAGCAUGAAUCUUGUGAUCCACCAGGGUCUUCCGAUUACUGCUCGAGGGGGCGAUGAAGAGAGUGGGAGGGGUGGUAUCCUUAAGAGAAGACGUAUGCGUGAGAGUUCAUCGGAGCCAUCGAUUUUCAUUUCAAGUUUAUCUUGUAAGAGUGCCAGGAUUACAAGAAACGAGGAGAUUAUACGCAAGGAUGAUCACUUUGAGGAUUUAGAUCUUGAGCUUAGGCUAGGGACCGAUCCACCAAAGGAAAAUGGAUUGAUGGACGAUCAUCCAUGAAUUUCGACCAAAAAGAAUGAGGUAAGGAAAUAUUUAUAUAUAUAAUACAAAAUUUUAUUUGGGACUGUGUGUCUGUGUGUU